AGCAACCAUGGGGUAAUUGGUGGGUAACAGUACAGAAGUUGCACUAUGACCAUGCUAACUGGUCUGGACCCUGGUUGCCAGAGUUUAGGAGAACUAAUAAAUUCUGUCAGAAGAGCUGUUCCAUCCAAAGUGUGUAUCUCUGGAUCAGACACACCCGUUGAAGCUCUGAACAGAGGCUUGGGAUCACCUGUGGGAAGGUGGACUGGUAGGAACUCCACAUGGAUUGAACCAGUAGCUUAAACCUCAUUAGAAUCUCUGACUUGGAUUAGUUCAGACCUGACAUGGACUAAUGUAAACCUGAACUGCUCAGAACCUUUCUGCUGACCUGGAUAAGGUUCAGUUGGACCACACUGACACGGUCACCUUUAUUGAUCUACAAAUAGAAGACCUUUGACCUGAAGCGUCAGUAUGAAUCAAGUUUCUUAUGUCAACAUGACAAAGACCUGGACAGACUCAGUGACAGAUUGAAGUCUUCAGGUUUACACCAGAUUUCAUCACCCAAGUGGCUGAACAGAGAGAUGUUCUGCUGUCUGAGUAAAUCUACAGAUGGUUUAUGGGUGACUGAUUACUGAGAUAAACGCUGUCGAAGGUUACCUAGCCAUCUGUAGGAAGCAGGAAGUAACCUGUAACCACAGUCACUGGGAGCUCCUGUUCUGAUUUGGACUCUGACGGAGGAUUCAAGCAUGAAAACAAGAGAUUCUGUUUGAGGAAGUGGCUGAUCUUCAAAUACAGUCUGAACAGAUCUAAGUGUAACACCGGUGAGUAAAGAACUGCCUACACAACUCCAUCAACAGGUGGAGACUAAACUGUGCAUCACAGCCAAAAGGAGACAGCUAGAAGAUCCUAAAGGCCCGACUUGUACCUGUCCAGGCGUGAAAAUUCUCCUGGUAGGACCCAGCUCCUCAAAGGCUCCUUGUGGAGAAGACCACAGAGGCAACAGAAGGAAAUAGAGAGGCCAACCGUAUAAGGUCCGACCCUCAUGAGUUCACUUCAGUUCAGCCUCUCUGUCUUGUUUUGAUCCACUGAAUUUGGCCAGCAGAGGAGUCGACCCAGGAGGAUCUAUCAGAACAUUGGUAAAUGUCUCUCAUAAACCUAGGUGACUCUGUUCUUGCUGUGUCUCAUCCCUGUCCACUUCAGUAAAAUCAGUCUGUUCCUGGCCUGCUUAUAUAGCAAAAUCAUAUGCAAUACUGGAACAACCUGUAAAUAUUCUUGUAUAUAUAUAUAUAUAUUUUUUUUUCCACCUCGGGGGAGGGGGCUCUACCUUCGUAGAAUACUUGCAACAUCAUGAUACCAUUAACUCACACUGACACUAGUCCUACUGGGAAUCUAUUCUUUAAACUGGUAUAGGUUCUGAAUAAAGCUGGUCCGCAGUUUGGAUCCGAGUAUCAGCUAAAUGUUUUGGAUCGGCUUGUGUCGUUAGUCAGUGGACCGGUUUGUAAGAAGGACAGUAAAAGCUGAGGAACAAGCAGCCUCAGAGUUACCUGUAAAAAGGUGCAGGGGAACAUGUUUGGUAAUCUGUCCUUAUAGAGAAAUAUAAUAAGAAUUAAAUACAUUGACUUUUUUUCAGGUUUCGUUCUGGAACAGCAUGUCCAUGAUGUUGGUGAUGCUGUUCAGGUGAAAGGAGGAGGUCGUGUAGACGGAACCUGGGGCUAGAAACGAGAUUUGAUUUUUGAAUUUCAUGCAGUUGUGAUUUUACUUGAUCAAAAACUGACUUAUUUUUUAUAACCUGUAAUGUAUUGCUGUAACCACAAGGUGGCAGUACCUUAAGUUACAGACAAACAAAAAUAAAAAUUGAGUUAGCUAGCAUUCUUAUUUGGUUGUAAUCUUAGUAAAGUCGUCAUGACCAUCAACUCAUCCAAACCGAUUCCACCUGAAUUAGGUUCUAAUUGGAGGAAGCUACGGUAAAAUUGGUUCAAAGCCCUCAGACAAAAUUCUCCUCCUGUGCACCACCAGCUUAUCUUCAUCCUAAUUCUUCUCAAGGUUCUUCCUGUGCUGCUGCUGCAGGUUCUGUAACCAAUUAUGCUGAGAAGAAAAGGUACCCUAAUUGGACCCUGUUGGUUGGAGAUCCAACAAUCUCGCUAUCUGGCCUCCCCUCCACCUCUGUCUGAACUUUCUAGAUUGCAUUACCCAGCAGGCAGCUGGAGCAGGUGGCACCAGGCAGGGCAGGAGACGGGGCAGCUGAGUUUAACUCAGACUAAUAGAACCUUAAAGGCCAAUGAACACAGCCACACCCUCCCCAGAGGCCCUGCCUCCCAUGGCGUCCUGGGUUUCCAUAGCAACACACUUCCAUCCAACCAUCCCAGCGAGGAUCGUCGGAGCAGCGCCACCUGCCUGCUGGGUCGAGGUGGGGUUCUUUUUGGUGUGUUUGAUGGUCACGCAGGUCCAUCGUGUGCUCAGGCCAUCAGCCAGAGACUCUUCUACUACAUCACCGUGGCCAUGCUGCCGUUGAGGAUGCUGCAGGAACUGGACCGUGCCGUGGAGGAGGACCGGGCAGUACCACCCCUACUGGAAUGGCAUAAACACCCUCAGGAUCAUCACAGCUGUCCUGAUGGGGGCACCAUCUCCUUCCACAGCUUCAGAAACUACUGGCAGGAGAGGCUGAAUGAAGAUGAAGAGGAGGACAAGGAGGAUGAUGGCAGAGUGACAUCAGCGCUGAUGGAUGCGUUCCAACGUUUAGACUACGACAUGUCGGUGGAGGCCCAGGUCCACCUGUCCUUGUCUUCACCCAGACGGGUAUCUAUCCCUGUGGAGGGCUUAUCUCAGUCCUCUCCUCUCCGAGUGGCACUGUCAGGCUCCACUGCUUGUGUUAUCCACAUCUCCAACGGCGUCCUGCAUGUGGCCAACCUGGGUGACAGUCGGGCUGUCCUUGGUGUCCAGGAACAGGACGGGCGCUGGUCGGCGCUCAACCUCACCAACGACCACAAUGCUCAGAACCCUGAAGAGCUGCAGAGGAUUCUGGGGGAGCACCCGGCUUCAGAGAGGAGGACAGUGGUUCGUCAUGACCGGCUGCUGGGUCUGCUACUGCCCUUCAGGGCAUUUGGAGAUGUUCGCUUCAAAUGGAGUGCAGAGAUGCUGAAUCGACUCUACGACACGCGUCUGGACAUUCUGUCUGCUGUUAGUGAGUCGGUGCGGACACUGCCACCUCAUUACCUGACCCCACCCUAUCUAAGCGCCCGGCCUGAGGUCACUCGACACAUCAUCAGACCUGCAGACAAGUUCCUGGUUCUGGCAACAGAUGGACUGUGGGAGCUGAUGCACCGACAGACGGUCAUCCAGAUGGUUGGAGAACAUCAGGCAGGUCUUCUGCAGCAGAGGCCCAUCAUUCCCAGCGCUAACACAACCCUGGGCAACCUGCAGCGCCUCCUGCUGGAAAGGAGAGGCCGUGUCAAGGCGGUCCUGGAGGACCAUAAUGCCGCCACCCACCUGCUACGCCAUGCACUGGGGGAUGACGGGUAUGGAUCCGUGGCCCCAAACCGCCUGGCCAGGAUGCUGAGUCUGCCUGCAAAUCUUGUACGCAGGUACCGUGAUGACAUCACGAUCACAGUUAUCCACCUAAAUGAGCUCUGAUGUCACCUGCAAGAUGUCACCUGUCACUCAACAGCAGGUUGUCCAAAGUCCAUCUACUGAAGUUCAAUAAAGCUUCCUGUUGCUGUUUAUAGAACUGAACUCGCCUCAUUCUGAUGAACUGGACUGGUCACAUCUACAUACUAAAUCUGUGGGCCAUCCUGAAGCAGGCAGAGGAAUCCCAGCAGUCUUGGUACCAGUGAGUGAAUGGGUAGAGAGAGAAACUGCUCCAUGGAUUAUGAAGGAAAACCCAGUUUUUGUGCCUGAGACUUAUUCUGGGCCGGAGGCGAUCUGGUUCAUUCAGUCCACUAACUCUGGUUCUGAAGUCUUCCACAGUUUCAUGAUACAGACUUGUCAGAGACACAGAAGUUCUAAAGUUUUUUUUUUAAAGAAGUAAACCAGAACCAUCAGCAUUUAGUAUCUGAUCAUAACUUCAAAGGUGACCUGUAUACUUUAGAACAUUUGUGAUAGGUCUAUGGCCUACACAAAACAUGUUAAGUACACCUUUCGCAUACAAUCCUCUGAUAAUGAGAUUUCUCCUCCUCAGUUUCCCCUUUUGUACAUGUGAAAAUGAAACUUAUAAAAUCCUGACAUGUUCUGAUGUGAGGUUUCAAACCAGUUCUGUCUUCAACAAUGUGACUGAAACAUUGGCCUUAAAAUAAAAUGAAUGAAUGAAUCUCUGUUAUCCGACAGAACGUGCAUGGACACAUGUGGGUCUUUGCAGCCAACAACAGAACAUCUAAGGUAAAACCAGCCGGCGAGACGUGGUCCUCUACUGGAAAUCAAGUGGGUGGAGCUCCGCUUCAGCUGCUAGUCAGGGGUGGGACUCAGGCAACGAUGCUGGUUGCCGGUGUAAAUGUGACGUCACAAUUACACAGCUUUUGAAACAUAAAACCUUCAUUUAUAGCCAGGAAUGGCUGAACGGGGUUUUUUUUUGCGUUUGGAUUGUUUGUAGAAGCAUUAGAGACCCAAAUGGAAGAAUAAAAAUGAUCAAAAAGUGAAUUUGCAUGAUAGGUUCCCUUUAAGGUAGGUAGGUUGGCACUCUUGCUCCCUCUAGUGGAAUAAAAACAACUUGCUGUGUGAAACAAACUGCAGAUUAAAGGCAUUAUUUUCAAUUCA